ACGAAAUCGACUGGCUUGUAAGUCACGAGUGCGACACAUCUACGCGUCUCUCUUCUCUCUUGGCGUCGCCAGCAACGUUUUUCACACAGAAUCAAGUCGGAGGCAGCAAAUUCCUUUAACUCCGACGUCGACCUUUUCAGUUUAUGUUUCUUUGACGACUCUGCGAGGACAUUUUAGAAAACACAUCUAAACGUCGUCGUUCUCACCGUUCUUGUCGAGCUGAAGACGUCAAGUGCUCGUCAGCGUGUUCUGGAGACUAGUGUGGUUUUGGAACUUACGUAAUUUUCCUAAGCUUGCCUCGCGACGGAGUCUUUUCGCUACAGUUGCUGCUUUCCGGGUGGUGCAGACGAUUCGACAGUGAAUGGAUUCUGUACCAGCAACUGUUGGACCUGAGGAGUUCCUCGAGCUGUUGACACCAUUGCUGGGUGUCUCUGGGGCUCUCAAGAACGAUGGCUCCGUCCCUGAUGUAAUCGAACGAAUGAAAGACUCACCAACUUUCAUCCAGAAGUGUGUGUAUGUUGAGAUGCUUCGGGCUACGAAAAACCAAGCGAUGCUCGGAAUUUUUCUGGAAUGCGGAGGAUGGCCGCUGUUGAGUAAUUGGUUGUCGAAUGCGAAAGCGAGUAACAAUGUUGCUCUGAUGUCGGAGUUGCUACAGUUGCUGAAGAAGUUACCUGUUACCGUCGACCUGUUAAGAUCGGGAAAUGCCGGAAAGGUUGUAAAGCAGCUCUCUAAGACCGAUCACUCUAAACACGUAAAGAAACUGGCGAGUGAUAUUGUCGAAGACUGGAAAGCGUUGAUAAAGAGUGCGACUGUUGGAAACUCGAAUCCCGUGAAAGUAAAAGGAGAGAAACGAUCAAACUCUAUGAAGUCGACCUCAGAGGAGCCGGUAGAGAAGCGGGCACGACCGGAUAAACUAUUCAAGCUUGGAAGUAAAGAAUCUCUUGUGCUGAGUAACAAGCCAAAAGUACAAGAGAGUGCUGGGUUUAUGAAUGCUCUUCGUAACUCGGCAUCCCAACCACGAAAAGUGCUAUCAAAGAAAACAUCAGCAAAAAAUCUGAGUCCGACACAGAUGAAAGCACCAGCUGCAGUAGGGAAGACAGAGAGCCUUACGCCAGAAGUAGAAGACAAGCAGGGUACAGCGAUGGAAGUUGGAGAUGGUGCUGUGGCCUCUGAGUCGUCACCUCCACCUGAUGCAGAGCCAACUGCGACUGGAGACGAGAAACGGAAGUCGAAGAAGAGAAAGUCCGUGUCUUGGGCUCCCGACGAGAAGCUUCGAAAGAUACACAUGUUCGUUUUGGACGAAACAGAGAGAACAAACGUCCAUCGUCAGAGCUUCUUCGAUGCUCUUCAGUCUGAACGAUUGCGUGACAGGCAGGCGCUCCAGAGUGUUAAGAUGCUAGGCACUGAAGACGUGAUGGAUGAAACGACGAAAUGGUGUAAUCCGAAGUCUUUCGAUGGGGGUAUGGAACUUGUUUCACUGGGAUGUGAGAGCAAGGAGGCGAUGAUACAAGCAGAGAGAGAGCAGCAAGUGCUGGCGUUUCUAUUUCUGUCUCGAGAAAGUCUCCCUGAUAGUCCAUUCGAACCCGAUCCUGAAGUUGAGGUGCAUCCUGCCAGCCAACCAAAAGUCAUUCCACUUUACGAGCCUGGCGACGAAGCUGCUGCAUCGGGAUCCAAUAUGCCACCUGCAGCAUUACUGGAGAUGCCGACGACGUCUAAUUCGACUACCAAAACUGUACAGUCAUUGCUAAGCUCGAUGAUGAACAACUCAUCUCAAACCUCCAGUGGCAACAUAACCCACGAUGCUCAACCACCACAACACUACGCCAAAGCAUUCGAUCCAGCUGUCCAAUCACAAAUAUCAACAGAAAACCUAAAACAGAUUUUGCAGUCUACCCAAGGCUCCAGACCGAUGGCUCCACCCAUGCCCAGCGCUCCUCCACACCCCGUUUUUCAUCAUCAACCUCGUCCCCUACAACAACAACAACAACAACAACAACACAUGCUGUAUCCAAUACCAGGGCAGCAUCCACGAUACGACGGACCACCACCGAGGCAAUUUCCACCACAACAGUUUGUGAGAAACGAUCAACCAUUUGAGAUGCCGUACGGUGGAAUGAGACACCCGCAGUCGUCACCGCCACCACCACAGGGACAGUACCCACAGUUUGGACCCCCACCCCCACCACAGGCGUCGCCACCUCAUGGUCACUUUGGGCCACCACCGACUCUCGUACCUCACGGCCAGUUCGAUAGAUAUCGUCCACCGUUUACUGGUGGUCCGAACUACGGCCACGGACCUGGACCUGGGUACGGUCCAAAUCGAACUGACAUGCGAGACGGUCUGUGGCACUAAUAGUCUAUGUGUAUAUACGUACGUAUCUACAACUGGAUGUGAUUGGUCUGUUAACAGACGUACGAUUUUGCUCAAAUCGGUGGAUGUUUGCUGUCCGUUUGGAUGGUGUGCAUUGACCGUAUGAAGUUUUGUAACCCGGCUGUUUCUUUGCUUGUGCCUGAAGACUGUAAUAUUAUACUCUAGUUCACUGUA